AAACAGUCACGGGUCAGAUGAUCGAGCUACAUUGUAAAUAGACAGCAGCUCUCCGCCGGGGCCAUGCCUUCAUAGCCUCUUUAAAUCACCUCCGACAGAGCAGAUCGCAGCACCCGGACACCCCUUAUCCCCAGACACCGCCCUUCCAGCUGCUUCGGCUCAUCUCGGCGUGUUGAAGUGUUGUUAAAAGUAUGUACCGGUCGCUGUACGCCUUCCGAUCCGCGGAGCCCAACUCGCUGCACUUCGCGGCCGGAGAGAGCUUCCUAAUCCUGGAGAGGAGCAACAAACACUGGUGGCUGGGGUCCCGCUGCAGCUCGGGAGAAACCGGCUACAUCCCCGCCUCAUACAUCGAAAAAAUACAGGCUCCAGAGCAGGAUGAGGUGUUGCAGUCUAUUGACAGAGCAAUCGAAGGCAUCCAUAAUGUGGCCUUAAAAAAUGGAGGCAAAUACAAUCUGGAACAGCGAGAUGUUCUGCAAAAGUUGAUCCAUCACAGAAAGGAGACCCUUGCACGGCGGAGUUCCUCCUCCUCUGGUCAUAAACAAGGCCUCCCAUCUUCCAGCAGUGAAAUCUCUCUCAGUCAAACUCCUCCUCCACCCAAUGGCCUUAACCGAGACUAUGGACGACAGGGAAGCAUGCCAUUAUCAGGAAGCAUGGACAAUAUGCAAGCAGAGCAGGGCUUUUACCAGGUGCCUCCUCAGCCUCGGCGUGCGGCUCCGAUCACCCCUCCUCCCCCUGAGAAACAGAGAAACAGCCGGCGUCCAGCAGAGCCGGAGGUCCCCUCCAGAGUCUCCUCUCUUCCUCCGUCCCCUGCUCCCUCCCUCUCAAUCAGCACCACCUCUUUGGAGUCGGGCUCCUCCCACUCCCUGGUCUCCUCUGAUGUCAGUUUCCCAAGUGUUUCCAGCACCCCCCCUCCUCCCGUGCCAUCCCGUGUGAAGCCCUCUGCGCUGCCUCCAGACGCGCAGCCCUCUGACUCUUCUCCUCAGCCGGCUCCUGCAAAGAAAAGCCCGGCACCACAGCCUCCCAAGCCCACCCCCCCUUUACAGCCCGCUGAGGAGAACCAGCCUGAAAGUGAAUGGCCCGUUGCCCCCCCGUCUGUCGCUGAAAGCCCUCCUGGCAGCCCCACUACAUCUGAGCCAGUUCCAAUGACUAUUGGGGCUGAACUGAUCGAGCUGGUGCGGAAGAACACGGGCUUGAGUUACGAGCUGUCGCGGGUCGCUGUUGGCGUGGUCGUUGGCCAUCUGCAGACCGCUUUACCUCAAGCCUCCUCCGCCUUGGAGCAAGUUCUCGUGUCACUGGUGGAGAGCAAGGAUUUGAGUGCAGCUCUGCCGCAGGGCCAGGUGUGUCAUGAUGAACAGCGGCUGGAGGUGAUCUUCAGCGACCUUGCCCGUCACCGGGAUGACUCGCAGCAGCGUAGCUGGGCGCUUCACGAAGACCACGCUCUAAUCGCCUGUUACCUCGAGGAGCUGCUGAAGAUACUGACUGAUGCAGAUCCAGAGGUGUGUAAGAGGAUGUGCAAGGCCAACCACUAUGAGAAUGUGCUCUCUCUGGUUUCAUAUUAUCAGAUGGAGCAUCGAGUGUCUUUGCGGCUGCUGCUGCUCAAAGUGUUCGGGGCGAUGUGCAGCCUGGAUGCUGCCCUCAUCUCCACGCUCCUCAACGCCAUCCUCCCCAUGGAGCUGGCCAGAGACCUACAGACAGACACGCAAGAGCACCAGAAGAUGUGUUACACAGCUUUGGUACUCACUAUGAUCUUCUCAAUGGGUGAACAGGUGCCAUAUCAUCACUAUGAACACUUGAACGCUGACUUUGUUCAGUUUCUGCUGGGUGUGGUGGAGGACGGGCUUCCCUCUGAUCCCACAGAGCAGCUGCCUGACACCUUCCUCAACCUCCUGCUGGCCUUCAACCUGCACCACACGGCGCCCAGCAACAACGUGAUCAUGCAGGAGCUGAAGAAGAAAAAUGUCAAGAUCCUGUCAGAGAAAGUGCUGCUGCUUCUGAACAGAGGCGACGAUCCUGUGUGUAUGUUCAAACACACCCCACCUGCACCGCACUCCGUUCUCAAGUUUCUGCAGGAUGUCUUUGCCAGCAGAGAGACAGCCGACAUAUUUUACAGCACUGACAUGAUGGUGAUGAUAGACAUCGCCGUCCGGCAAAUAUCUGACCUUUCACCUGGAGACAAGCUGCGGAUGGAGUACCUGUCCCUCAUGCACUCCAUAAUGCGCUCGACGGAUUACCUCGAGCACCAGCACCGCCUGCGUGACCUGCAGGGGGCGUUGCAGAGGAUUCUCAGGGAGGAGGAAGAUCCGGGAGAGGAUGAGGGGAGCGCUACAGCGAAGCAGAUGGAUAAGCUAAUUGUACAACAGAUCUACAAGGAAUUCCCAAAGAUCUGUGAGAACCAGGACUAACCAUAUCAUUAUCAUGCUCACGCACUGUAGUCUGCUCCCGUCUACUGCAGGGAGGUACGAUAAAGCUUGAAAGAAGAAAGAACUGAUGUUUGAUGGGACGUCCUGUAUUCUGUGCCAGCCUGUACUGAGAGAAGCAAAUCAGUUUUGCCAAUAUUUUUCUUGGACUCAUUGCCCAGGGCUACAGCAUCCAUGUGAUGUUGAUUUCAGAAAUGUUUUUCACAGAUUUUCCCCUUUAUUUGAGUGGGAGGUUGUCUUUGGUGUGCACUUCAAGAAGGGAAAAAAAGAAAUGAACAAAUGGACAAAACAAACCUGUGAGGUUUAGCCAUACUUGGAGAUUAAAAGUAGCCAAAAUCUAUGCCGAGCUGUGGAGCCUCUCACAGUGAAUUUUUAGCAAUAAUUACCUUAAAAAUCAUACAUUUACUAAAUGUACUCAGAGUAUCUUGAAAUUAAAGAAACAGCAACCGCGACUAAACCUUAUUCUAACCAAAGUAACUUCAACCAAAUUUAUUUUAAAACAAAUUGUGAUGGAAAGGCAGAUUUUGAAAGCCACGACAGGAACUGCUGUGAGAAGACUUUGACCCUUUAUGUGCUUCCCUUAAUAGUGGGACCAAACUACUGUGUGUUACUGAGAGCAUUAUUUUCUUUGUAGAGUACAGUGGUCCUAAAACUGACUUUUCCUCUUUCACUCACCUUCUCUUUUAUCACAUUCAAAUUAAAAUCCAGUCGAACAAGUGUACUAUCAUCGCGAGAAAAAGCACACUCUGACUCAUGUGUUAUCAUUACUAAGCUUUUAGCUGAGUAACUUGCUGCUACAUAUCGAGUCUCUCCUGUGGCUCCGUCUGCAGUUUUCUCAGUCUGGUACGCUUGUCUCUUUACUGCUUUUCAGACACUUAAAGACGAUCACUCUGUACUUACGUAUGUGAAGCUCCUCAAGCGUCAGGGGUUUUGGAUGUUUACAGAUUAGUGUUGGACUGAGGGGUUUUUGUCUUUAUGCUGCAUUCACAUUCAACCUAACUGUGCUGCAAUAAGGCUUUUAACACCUCGCUGUAAAAUACUGAGUCUUGACUGAUGUGAGGAAAAAGUGUUCUGCAGUUAUUAUCUAAGAUAUUAAAUUAGUCAGUGUUUUCCAGUUAUAAUCUCAUGGUCCUACUGAAAAUCAAGAGGAGGGAGAGGGCAUACAGGGCAUUUCUUUUAUCUCCUCGUGGUCUUAUACUUUAACAGCAACGUGUACUGUUCCCUGUUUCUUCCCCACAAUGUAGUGAUUGAUGUUGUUCUCCCAUCUUACACUUGAACUUAUCUGUUUUUGUCCCUGGCAUGGCUUCUUCCAUCUCGAGAAGGUAGACACAAUCCAGAAGUGAUAUCAGAUUUUAGUUUGUGUCCAAGUACUCAUUCAUUACCUGUUUGUGUGUCUGUUUACAGUGUGUGUGAGAGAGAGAUGAACGUCUCCUUUCCAUGAUUAACAUUAUCUGCAAAACUGCUACAACUGUGUUGUAAUAAAACUAAUAAAGCUAUAUUUUAACAGUGGAA